AUGGCGAAAGGCUCACGGCGAGGACGCAGCGGCGCACGGCCCAAAGGCGACGACGCGCAGAAGGGCGCCGGACGGGGGGAGGCGCAGAAAGGAGGAGUGGACGCAGGUGGCAAGGAUGCGCCGGCGGCUACCGAUGCUAGGGACGAUGCACGCGCCGACAAGGGCCAGGGCAACGAGGCCCUGGAUGCGCCGGCACCCAAAGACACCAGCGGGGGCGCCAAAGGACAGCGCGAGGACGCCAAGGACGAGCAGAAUGAUGCUCAGGACGAUUCGGGGCCCAAAGGAUCCGCAGGCAACGAGGCCACUGGCACAGACGUGCCUGCCGCUGCCGAGCCGCCGAUCGAAUCCACGCCGAACGAACCCCUGCCGAACGAACUUACACCGGAAGCUACUACCAGCGAGCCUUCCCCGCCCGACACCGGCCGCGACGUUGCUGCGCUGCACGACACCAUCGCCCGCCUCCAGUCGGAGCUCGACGAUACGCAGCGCGCCAUUGCCGAGAGCCACAGCGCAUUUGCCGAGCAGCUUGUCGCGAUGCAUACGCAGCACGCCCAGGACCUAGACGAGGCCGUGGCCAAGGCCGACGCGGCGCACGGCCAGCAUGCCGAUGCCCAGGACGCGACCGACCGCCUGGAGCAGCUCGAAAAAGAGCACGCAUCGCUCGCCAAAGCGCACGACGAGCACAAGUCUGCGCUGGAUGCCGCGCACGAGGCGCAGCGUGUCUCUGAGCAGCGCACGCACGACGAGCGUGUGCGUCUCGAACGCGAGAUCGAGGGUGUGCGCGCCGAGCGCGACGCGGCGCGUGCCGACCUUGCGGCUGCCUCGGCGACCGUCACGUCGCUCGAGGCACAGCUUGCCGAGCGCACCGCGUCUGCGCAAGACGUCGAGGCGCUCGAGCAGCGCAUUGCCACCCUCACUACGCACGCGCCCACGCUGGCUCCUCCGGAGCCCCUUGCGGACAUUGCACGCUCGCUGGGCUACUCUGCACCCGACUAUACCCUUGCCGAAUCUCUCCAUGCGGCGCAUAAUGCCAAGUAUACCAAGCUCUAUACCGAGGCCGCCGCCUGCCGCGCCGCCUCGCAGUCGACGCGCGCGCAGAUCGACCUGCACCUGCGUCCUGCGCUCGACGCGGUUUCCGCGCAGGCCGACGCGGUGCCCGACCACGUGCGUACGGCGCUUGCCGCGCUGCGACGCGCGCUCGACGCGGUGGAGUAA